GUAAAUUCAAUCAGUUCUGUUACAGUUUUCAGCUGUAAAACAUAACUUCUGAGAUUUAGAAGGUUACCAAAGUGUAUCUACAAGUUAAUAAAUAUCUGCUUCUUCGUUGAGCCUAAAGCAUUUCAAAGUAAAAAAUAAUAAAAUUUCAAUUGCAAUCGCGAAAAACGUGUGAUCGUUAAUGUUUCAAAAUUUGUUUGUUUAAUUGAGCGCAUUAUAUUUCCGCCAAUUGUUUGCCGUGCAAAAGACGUAAUCUGUAAUGUCCACUUUUUACUGUUGCAAGGCAAUCGAACGUGUCGUAUAUCGUGUGACUAAGUGUCAACAGGAACAACAACAAAAAAUCUAAUACUCUUAAAAAAAUUGUAACACAUACAAGAAAAAAGUGUGAAUCACAAGACCAACCUUGAGAGACUUACGAGAAACCACAGCAAGAUCGGCCAACGAGUUUAAUGAAAUCAUAAAACAAUCAAACAGCCAGCAAAAAAAAAAAACAAAAACUUUGUCAAAAACCUGCGCUAAUUUCAACGAAUAGGAAUUGAGAUAAUCCAGAGCCAUAAAUUGCUUAGACACCGCUGUACCACUAAAGCUUUCCCACCAAAGCACACACUCACGCAUCAGUUAUCCUGAAUUUUUUGUGAAAAAGCGACAUAACGAGUCCCAUCAACGGAUCCACAGCGUGCACAGGAACGGCAGCAAAAUUUCGUUAACAGCGCGAAUAUACUUUGCCAAAACGGAGUCCAUUCGGGGACCUAUGACAUCGCAAAGCUAUUUAUUGUUAUUACUGAAAAUCAAUUCAAAUCAACAAUCAAGAACUCAACAUAAUCUAGAGGUGAUAAAUUCAUUCAUAACAUAACACGAGCACAGUUAAUUUCGGAGUUUCGCAAGAUCAAGAAUAAUAAGAAAAGUGUGAACACGUACAAAUUAGCUGCUGACCGACAUUUGCCUGAGUGCCUGCCUACCUGACUCACUGUCUGUCUGCCGAAUACAAAAGAGGAGAAAGAAAAUAAAAGCGAUAUAAAGAGUGUGAGAGAAACCAAAUUUUUUGGUGCAAACAAAAGCGAAAAAGAGUUUUAUCCUGAACGCAAUCAGUGAAAUCAUCCUUGAAGAAAAUUUUUUGAAUUCUGCAAUCAUUCACCGAAGGAAAAAGAAAAAAAUUAAUACAAUGAAUAUACACAUGUUAUUAAUAGCACAGCUUGUGCUUUUUGCUGCCUGCAUUCAGAGCAGAGCCAUUGAUGAUGUUGACAAUUCCAUUGAGAAUGUUGGUGGUGGUGACGCUGGUGGUGAAACACAAGUGCACCAACAACGCACACCUUUCGAACAGGAUUGGAUUAAAUUUGCCAAGAAACCACCAACAAAACUGCUGCAAACCCUAGGCCAGCCCGUUGAGAUCGUCUGCGAAGUGAUGGGCUCACAAGUGCCCACCAUACAAUGGGUUGUGGGACAUUUGCCGCUGUCUGAGGUGAGUUGUGUGAACCGAAAUAGCGAGCUUGCUUUACUCUGGAUGCCGGGCAACACGGGGGUGCCUGGAAAUGUGACAUCUGACCCUUUGGCCAGAGAUGACUUAGACCAGGCAUUCCUCGAUCCGCAACCAGUUAUAGCACUCCCCACUUUGACCAUCGAAGCCACAAUCAUAAACUGGGUGGAUAUUUUGCUCAGCAAUGACUGGGAGCCCUAG